UCAAUGUCACCAUUGCGGCAAACGGUUCAGGAACAAGUCGGUUUUGAAGAAACAUAUACUCACUCACUUAACGAUAAGACCGUCGAGUAAUUCACACAACGAUAGGAAACUUUAUAAAUUUCGUAGCACUUUUGAGUACAUGAGUAGUAAGAAAGGAAAUUUACGGAAUCAUCAGCCGCUACACACCGGCGACAAAACUUAUGAAUGUAAGUACUGUAAUCACAAGUCAAAUAGUAAAGGAAACAUACGAAAACACGAAAUGACACACACUGAUGAUAAACCAUUUAGAUGUAGCUCCUGCGAUUACCAGAGCAUUUUAAAGUCUCGUUUACAGAGGCACCUCAUGAUCCAUACUGGAGAGAAGCCCUUCAAGUGUCGACGCUGUGACUACAGGAGCCGUCAACGAGCAACCUUACAAAGACACGAGGCGAUACACACUGGUGACGCGUUAUUUAAAUGUAACGAUUGUGAGUACAAGUGUACGAGAAAAUCAGCCUUGGUGACGCAUCUCAUGACUCACACUGGCGAAAAGCCUUACGAGUGCCGGUACUGUGACUACAGGACCCGUCGUAGUGACACCCUCCGAUCUCACGAGAUGAGACACACUGGUGACGCGCUACUUAAAUGUAACGACUGUGAGUACAAGUGCACGAAGAAAUCGGCCUUGGUGAUUCACCUGAUGGUUCACUCUGGCGAGAAGCCUUACAAGUGUCGGUACUGUGACUACCGGACCCGUCGUAGACGAUACUUACGAGCUCAUGAGAUGACACACACUGGUGACAAACCCUUUAAAUGUAACUACUGCGAUUACAAGUACAAUCGGAAAGAAACGUUACGGGCUCAUGAGAGGAUACAUACAGGUGACACUCGCUUUCAGUGUAACAACUGUGGCUACAAGUGCACGAAGAAAGCAUACUUAUUGGCUCACCUUAUGAUUCACACUGGCGAGGAGCCGUUCAAGUGUCGGUACUGUGACUACUGGAGCCGUCACAGCGGAAACUUACGAAAACACGAGAUGAAACACACCGGUCAAAACACUUUUGACUGUGGUAGCUGUGACUACAAGUGCAAAAACAAAACAAGACUGCGACUUCAUCAAGUGACGCACACUGGAUACAAGCCUUAUGAAUGCAGUAACUGUGACUUCAAGUUCAGUAAGAAAACAGAUUUACGACGUCAUCAAUUGAUACACUCGGAUGAAGCGUUUCCAAUGUAAUUAUUGCGAAUACCGGCGCAGGCAUCAAACUUAAAGAGACUAUGAAUAUUCACAAUCACUAGUAAACAGCUGAUAUAGCCACUGUCAUUAUCAAUGUACGCGGAAGUAUCCACGAACUCUCGGGGACUAUUCAACAAAUGUUCAUAGUGUUCCGUAGCCAACACAAAUGUAACGCAAAUGGCAAAAACGGAACGGAACCAUAGUUCCGUCAUGUCCGUCCGUAUGUCACAUACAUUUGACCUUGGAACUUAAGAUAAUUUGGAAUAUAGGUCUUUUUUUACCGGUUACUUAGUUUUUAAGUUAAAAUUUAAAAUAUUUUAUAUUUAUGAGCAUAUAUUAAAGAUAUUUCAAUUUAUACGUAGCGCUCCGUAGACAAGAAAAAUAAAUCAGUAAAUAAUAAUACUUAUUUGCAUUUUAUUGAUUUUUUUUUAUGUAGGUACUGCGGUGGUUGGUGGUAGAUCAGAAAACUUCCUGCCUGAUGGUAAGCAGUCACCGAGGCCUGUGGACGCCUGCAACUCUAAAGGGGUUACAUGCACGUUGCCGACCAUAACACACCCCAAACAACACAGCAUGAGGAACACAACACUAU